UUUUUAAAGUUUAGUAUCUCCGAAACUGCUUUAAAAUUAAGAAAAGUAAUAUUAUUACCUAUGCUUUAAAAUGUACAGAAAAAAAGAGUAGUUGGUUUUGAUACAGCACGUCAUAGUCCUUUUACUCCUGUACAUAAAUAGCAUUUACACUAUAGGUAGGUAUGUAUAUAUGUAUGGUAUAUUAAAUACCCGAUUGAUUUAUGGUCUUUUAAAAUUUAUAAAAUUAUAAUUUUAAUAAAUGCAUUAUUUAAGUUAAAGAAUAGGUAUUACUCUGUAGGUAUUUAAGUUAAAGGAUCACUCUGUAUACACCAAUAAUAAUACGCCUUUGUAAAUAUAAAAGAUAAAUUGGUAUAUAUAUAGGUUUCCUGCGGGUACAUAAUAUCAUACACACAAACGGCCUAACGGGCAAAAUACAUACAAUUUAUUGUAAUAGGUAUAAUAAAAUAUAUAGUGUCACCUUGGCAACAAACCACCGCAUUUGCAUUCGCCCAUUCCUUUAGAGAACCACAAAAGCCGCGACUUGCGACAUUAUAAUAAUAUCGUUGUCGUCGCCGUCGUCAUAGUCAUCGCUGUUCGUAUAUAGGUCGGUAGUGUAUUAGGUACUAUAUUAUAAAUUAUGUGUGUUACUAGGUAGGUAUUGUCAUCGUGAUUAUACGCACGUGCGCAUGUCUCCGACAAUUUAAUAUAAAAAAAAAAAGAAAUUCUAAAUAAAUAAGCUUCGCAAAGCUAAUAAACUGUACACAAUAUUUUAUUAAGUAAAUACAUAUAAUAACAUUAUCGUGUAUAAUUAGAUAUAUUUUCCGUUUGAGCGAUGGACGAGGAGCAGCUGCAGCCGCCGAAAAAGCACCACACAGAAUUGCACAAGAAACACACAGUGGCAAGUGAACACCGAUGUGUGCAAUGGGUUCCCCAGGUGGACGUGGUCAACGACAGUCUGGACACAGCCUUACUGUCUGUUUAUAGUCAUUCAGGGCUGACAUUCCCUAGGACCAACGAGGUGUGCAUGCAAAAAGAAACCUUUAUACUGUGUUUGAAAAAACAAUUGAAUAAUAUUCGAUCAGAUCAUAAAGUGGAAAAGCUGUUCAGAAACCAUCCACUGAAAAUGGGUGGACUGAUUGGUGAAAGAAAAGACAUCAAUAGUAUUAAACUUGGAUUAGUUGGCAGUCAUAUUUCACAAACUAACCAUGGAUAUUCAAGAAAAGAAGAUGGUACUUUUUACAAUUAUUAAAAUACAUUUUCAGAUAAGCAUUAGAAAGGAUCUUUUCAACUUAUUCAUUGUCGAUCAAAAUUAUACUAAGAAAUAACCAACACUGUUAAUAUAUAUAUAUAAUUCUAUAUCUGAAAUGUAGUAU